UUUUUAAAUUUUUUAUCUUUACUUUGUUAAGAAAAAGCAAAUUACAUGAAAAAGGUAGUAUUUAUAUUUACUUGUGAAAAUACAAAUGAAAAAAGAUUAGGCACAAUUCGAAGUUUAAUUUGGUGUAGAUCUAUCGGGUGCGGGUUUGGCCAAAUUGAAAUUGUAUUUAUCUACCUGUAUCAGAAAAUUGUAAGUAGUACGAGGCUUUUUGCUCCAAAUUUAAUUUGGUUCCUCGUUACUAGUAAAAAAUGAAAUUUGGAUCUGAAUAAUUAGUUGACCUACUCAUAAUCUGACCGGGCACUCUAAGUUAUCAAGAACAAUAUACAAAAAAACUGUAUUAAUUAUCGAAUCAGAAAUAAUUAAUUAUUCCAUCAAAAUAUGUAUUAUGUUUGAUAGUUCUUGCUUGUUCGUUUAUUUUGUAUUUCAAUUAAGAUACAGAAAUAUGGAGACAAAAAUAAUAAGGAUCUUUGGUUCAAAAUAAAAUAAAAUUUGGUACUCUAUUUUUUAUCUUUUUUUCUAUUUAAAAUUACAACAAUACACUUUAAAGCAAAUGAACACUAACAAAAUAAAAAAUAAUUUUGUAAUUUCAUAGGAUAAAGACAAAAAAAAAAGUGUCCAUAAAAAACUAAACGUAGAGUGCCAAAAUCACUUUAAAAAAAAAAAACCCAAAAAGCUGCAUUCUUCUCCAUAUAAUACACCUCCUCGAUUUCUUUAUUACUCCCAAGGCUCUCUCAUUCCAUUCACCAUCCAGUCUUGUGCUUCGUUUCAAAACACAUUCUUGCUUUUCCCUUGCUUUUCCCUAGCUUUUCGCAUCACCACUCUCAAAGACAUUGCAAAUUUCUCUUGCUCAAAGCUGCUGCUCAUAUGGAGUAGCAUCAUUUCUGGGGCGUCUAAAUUUCUUGUUUUCACCUGGAAGUUGAGAGAUCAGGGUUUGGUUUCGAGUAGUAGGUAAGCCGAAGUUGCAGUUAAAGGGAAGGUGAAAAGGGGGGUUUGCAUUGAAGACCAAAGCAGCGUGCUAUAAAUGACCAACGGCGUAUAAAACAGCAAACGUAAAGCUCAAGGUUACUGUCAAAAUGCCCCACUGGCAACCCAAAGACCCAGAGCAGAGGUAUGCCAUUUCCAGGAGGCCUCUAGUGGAAUCAAUGAACCAGCAUUCAGUUUCCCAGUUGCUAAACAAUGCCCCAGAGAGCUCUGCUGAAUGCAAUGCAAAGAAGUGUGAAGGGAGGAACAAGGGAAGAAAGAAAUCAAGGAGAGCCAAAGCGGAAACCGGUUUUCCAUCUCCACCUUCAAGCAAAAUUAUUGUGUUGCACCGGAGGCCCGGGUAUGGGCAAAUGGGUAGCAAGUGUUUGGUUAAAGCCAAUCAUUUUCUAGCGGAAAUAUCAGAGAGGGAUUUAACUCAGUAUAGUGUUACCAUAGAACCAGAGGUUAGUUCUACUAAAUUGAACAAAGCAGUAAUGACACAACUGGUGAAACUUCAUAGAGAUACUGACUUGGGGAAAAGGCUACCUGUUUAUGAUGGAAGAGAAGCCCUUUACAUAGCUGGGGUAUUGCCUUUUACCUCAAAAGAGUUCACGAUACCGUUGGCUGAGGAAGAUGAGGGAUUAGGAAUCAUAAGGGAGCGGGAAUUUAAAGUGACAAUCAAAUUUGUAGCUCGUGCUGGCAUGCAUCAACUACAUGAACUUGUUUCCGGGAAACAAAUAGAUACUCCCCUAGAAGCGCUCAAGAUAAUUGCUAUUGUGUUAAAGCAGCUUGCAUGCCAAAGCUACGUUUCGGUUGGGAGGUUCUUCUAUUCUCCCAAUAUUAAGAGACCUCAGCCUCUUGGUAAUGGCUUACAGUCUUGGCGUGGCUUCUACCAGAGUGUGAAACCUACGCAGAUGGGGUUGUCACUUAAUAUUGACAUGUCAGCAACCGCAUUCAUUGAACCACUUCCGGUUAUUGAGUUUGUAGCCCAAGUUUUGGGCAAAGAUGUUUAUUCAAGGCCACUAUCAGAUGCAGAUUGUGUUAAGGUUAAGAAAGCCCUGAGAGGCGUCAAAGUUGAAGUUACACACAGGGGAAACACGCGAAGAAAGUAUCGUAUUUCAGGGUUGACAUCCCAGCCAACAAGGGAGCUCAUUUUUCCAGUUGAUGAGGAGAAGAACAUGAAAUCAGUUAUUGAUUACUUUCAAGAGGUGUAUGGAUUUACCAUCCGACAUUCCCAUUUACCUUGUCUCCUAGUGGGAAGUGCUAGGAAAGUGAACUAUUUGCCAAUGGAGGCUUGCAAGAUAGUUGAGGGGCAGAGAUAUUCAAAAAGGCUUAAUGAUAAGCAGAUAACUUCUUUGUUAAAAUUCUCAUGCCAAAGACCUAAGGAACAAGAAGCAGAAAUAUUGCAGACAAUUCACCAAAGUGGGUAUAAUGAAGAUCCUUAUGCAAAGGAGUUCGGCAUCAGUAUAGAUGACAAUCUUGCAUCAGUUGAAGCUCGAGUUCUUCCAGCCCCAUGGUUGAAAUACAAUGAUAAUGGAAAAGACAAAGAGUUUUUGCCUAAAGUUGGUCAGUGGAACAUGACGAAUAAGAAAGUGAUAAAUGGAAGCACCGUAAAUUACUGGGCUUGUAUCAACUUCUCACGAAGUGUUCAAGAGAGCACAGUUCGUGGUUUUUGUCAUCAGUUGAUCAAGAUGUGCCAAGGCUCUGGCAUGGAAUUCAACUUUGAGCCGGUAAUUCCUAUCCACCCAGCAAGACCAGAUCAGGUAAAGAAGGCCCUGAAAUAUGUAUGUAGUGCUGCAGCAAAUAAACUUGGAGGGAAAGAAGUAGAGUUACUUAUUGCCAUUCUUCCGGACAACAAUGGCUCCUUGUAUGGUGAUCUGAAACGAAUUUGUGAAACCGAGCUGGGCUUGAUUUCUCAGUGCUGUCUUACGAAACAUGUCUUGAAGAUCAGCAAACAAUACCUGUCUAAUCUGUCGCUUAAGAUUAAUGUCAAGAUGGGAGGAAGGAAUACUGUAUUGUUAGACGCCUUACGUUGGAGAAUUCCCCUAGUAAGUGACAUUCCGACAAUAAUAUUCGGAGCUGAUGUUACUCAUCCUGAGUUUGGAGAGGACUGUAGUCCAUCUAUAGCUGCUGUUGUAGCCUCUCAGGACUGGCCAGAAGUUACAAAAUACGCUGGUUUAGUGUGCGCACAGCCUCAUCGUCAAGAACUUAUUCAAGACUUGUACAAAACUUGGCAAGAUCCCAAGGGUGGCACAAUUACCGGAGGCAUGAUCAGAGAGCUUUUACUAUCGUUUCAGAAGGCAACUGGGCAAAAACCAAUGAGAAUAAUAUUCUACAGGGAUGGUGUUAGUGAUGGGCAGUUCUACCAGGUUCUACUAUAUGAACUCGAUGCAAUUCGCAAGGCUUGUGCAUCACUGGAACCCAGUUAUCAACCUCCAGUGACAUUCAUUGUUGUCCAAAAGCGCCACCACACACGGCUCUUUGCAAACAACCACAACGACAAAAGUAGCACUGACAAGAGCGGCAACAUCUUGCCAGGUACUGUGGUGGAUACCAAAAUUUGUCAUCCUACCGAAUUUGACUUCUACCUAUGCAGUCAUGCUGGGAUCCAGGGAACAAGUAGACCAGCUCAUUAUCAUGUUCUCUGGGACGAAAACAAUUUUAGUGCGGAUGAGAUCCAAUCGUUGACAAACAACUUAUGUUACACCUAUGCUCGGUGCACUCGAUCUGUUUCACUUGUGCCACCGGCAUAUUAUGCUCAUCUGGCGGCCUACCGGGCAAGAUUCUACAUGGAACCGCACGUGCACGAGAAUGCUUCAAUGCGUACCACCAGAACAAACGGUCCUUGCUUCCGUCCACUACCGGCAUUGAAGGAGAAGGUGAAGAGUGUGAUGUUCUAUUGCUAAAGGAACAGAAAGAAAGUACAGCACAGAAGGAAAUCAUAGGGUUAAAAACUUGUGAGAGAUUUUGUACAUGAAUGUCGUCUAGAUUUUGCGAGUGCAUUGUUAACAAGAUUUUCUGCUGGUUUUAGUGCAAUUUCUAGCACAAGUACUGAUGUACACCUAUAAGAGAAUGCGACCAAUGCAUUAUGACCUUUUUUGGUGGCA